CUCGGGUCUCCUGGGAACCACCGCCGGUUUGGGCUCCCCUGAUCGCCAGGAGACCGCAGGGCUCUGGCCGAUUGCAGAAUCACCCACCGCAUCCACACCCUGGAUCAGUUGUUGCCGAUGGUCAGCCAGCCAUUGGCACAGCUGGGCGUCGGGCUUGCUCGCCCACUCACCGGCCCUUGCAUCCGGCCAGGAGCGGCCCCUAGCACCAGAUCGCGGCAAUGUCAGCGUCUGGGCAGGCCACGGCGCCGCCUGGCAGCUCGCAGCGAGCAGCGGGACGGGGCGACGCUGACAGAGGCGGCGCCUCGGGCGCCCGCCUCCACCACCGUGCUCUCUCGCAAGCAGGAGGGCGCCAGCACCGAUCUGGCCGUCAUCCUGCCACGCCUGCGAAAGCUGGCGCUGCCAUACUGGACAGAGUCGGAUGACCGCAACAGCGCGCGGUGGAAGCUGGCGGGCGUGGUGGCACUCACGCUGGGGACCACGGGCGUCAGCGUGCUGUUCAACUUUCUGGGCCGCGACUUCUUCAACGCGCUGUCCGCCAAGGACCAGGAGAAGUUCAGCGAGAUGCUGAUCAAGUGGCUGGCCGCCAUCUGCCUGGGCAUACCCGUCUACGUGAUGCGCGACUACUACCAAUCCAAGCUGGCGCUGGAGUGGCGGGAGCACCCAUCGCCGGCCGCAGCCCUCCCUACUCCCCCACCCACACACCACUGUCUGCAGGCGGGCGCUCUCGUGGACAACCCUGACCAGCGAAUCGCCGUGGAUGUGCGCAACUUUACGGAUACAGCCCUCACCUUUUCUGUGGUCAUGCUCAACGCCUGCAUCGACCUGGUCAGCUUCUCAGGCAUCCUGUACAGCAUCUACCCUCCCCUCUUUGGCGCCCUGGCCGUCUAUGCCGUGGGCGGCACCGCCCUCUCCGUCUACAUCGGUCGCCCGCUGGUGGGCCUUAACUUCCAGCAGGAGGCGCAGGAAGCAAACUUCCGGUACGGCCUGGUGCGCGUGCGGGAGAAUGCCGAGAGCAUCGCCUUCUACGGCGGCGAGGACAACGAGCAGCGCCUGCUGAACAGCCGCCUCAAGGCCGCCAUCGGCAACUUCCUGGAGCUGCUCAAGGCCUCCCGGAACCUCAGCUUCUUCACCAGCUUCUACCGCUUCCUCAUCCAGGUGCUGCCGGCCGCCGUGGUGGCGCCGCUCUACUUCCGGGGCGAGAUUGAGUUUGGGGUGAUCAACCAGAGCGCCUCUGCCUUCAACCACAUCCUCACCGAUGUGUCUCUGGUGGUGUACCAGUUUGAGGCGAUUGCCGGCUUUUCAGCCGUGAUUGACCGUCUGGGAGAGUUUGAUGAAGUGCUGGAGGGCAGCAGAGCCGGAGGCACUGCCACAGUCGAUCCCGUCAAGGCAGCCGCCUCUGCGGAUACAGACGACGAGGCGGCUGCUGGCAGCAAGGCUGAUGAGGAGGCAGCCAGGCCCGGCGGCAUCGUCAUCACCGACCUGCCGGGCACCUCGGGCCGCUCGCUGCUGGACAUCCGGAGCCUGACGCUGCAGGUGCCCAGCAGCGGGGCGACCCUUGUGUCAGACCUCACCCUGUCUGUGACCCCGGGUCACUCCCUGCUCAUCAUGGGGCCCAGCGGCGCAGGCAAGACCAGCAUCCUGCGGACCGUGGCCGGCCUGUGGAACUGCGGCAGCGGACACAUCGUGCGGCAUGGCCAGCCCAUGGGGCGGGCCGAGGGCGAGGGCGACAUCUUCUUUGUGCCGCAGCGGCCGUACGUCGUGCUGGGCACGCUGCGCGACCAAGUUCUCUACCCGACAUGGGCCCAGCUGGUAGAGCAGCCAGCUGGCCCCGCUGGGCCCGACUCGACGCAUGCAGCAGCAGCAGAAGCCGAAGCAGUGGGAACUAGUGCCACAGCAGCAGC